GAGGCGGUCACAAACCCGCGUGCCUGCACCAAAAUGAAUCUCACGAUUUCUUUUAUCAACCUGGCUACCUUGUUGCUUGGGCUUAGUUUGGAUGUCACCGUCAGCGAGUGGUUACGUUUCCAUGCCUCGCGGAGCAUGUCGCCGGAAGGUCAUUCGACAUUAGUUCACACCGAAUGCAAGAUUUGAGCUAAAUGAUUGCAUUAUUGGUCCAACUCAAAUUCUGUUUCCUUCCACCACCGCAAAGUGUCAUCUUCAGUCUACUGGUAUAAACAUUUCAGUCGCUAUGGAGAGUGCGUGGGUUCUAAUCACGGCACUUUGCAUCGCUGCAGCUCCCGAAAAUAGUGACGGUGCUUGCGGCCCGCCGCCUCAAAUCGCCAACGCAGCCACAACCAUCGACCAGGGUCGGGAAGAGGGCGACAAAGUGUUCUACGUGUGCAGUCCUCAUCCGUUGUAUGAGCGACAGAGUACGGUGAACAACGUUCAGUGCACAGCGAACGGAACGUGGAGUCUACCGUAUCCAACAUGCAAGUUGACUACAUACCGGGAGUGCAAUGGCCGACAGUGGAGGCUCUACAACACAAUUCCUGUGACCUUCGCCACUGCCAGAGAGCAAUGCGCUUUGGACGGGGGUUAUCUCUCUUCAGUCAGGUCCGACAAUGACAGACAGUGUGCGCGCUCAGCUAUCCCUCAAGACAUACACAACGCCUCUCACCAGUACUGGAUAGGCCUGGAGGACCUGGAUCAAGAUGGUAGCUACACCUGGCUCAGCGAUAAUACAACGGAGCCCAGUGACUCUGACAACUGGAAUCCGCUGCAGACGAUAGUGAGCAGCCAGUGCGCCUACUACCGGGUCAACCAGGGCAAUCGCUUGUCGUUUGACUGCAGCAACGACCGGUUUGGCUAUCUCUGCACCAGGCCUAUUCCUCAGUUUUCACCCUGCGGUGGGUCGGAGUGGCGGUAUUUCUCGUCGCAGUACACGUGGGACCACGCGCAGGCCGAGUGCGCGGAGCUCGGUGGCUACUCGGCGAACAUACGCACGGAAACGGACCGCGAGUGCGGCCUUCAGUCCCUACCAGCGACCGUAUCACAGUCCUCCAGUCUGAUCAUUGGUUUGUUUCGGAACACCACCAACAACUUCAUACAGUGGAUUAGCGACGGAGCCCUGCAGCCAGCUGACAGUCCGCUCUGGAGACCAGGUCAACCGUUUCCAUCGCACUGCGGCAUAUGGACACCAAGUGUGGGCAUCGGGCUGACAAACUGCCCUGGCUUUGCCCGACCCUACUUAUGCCAGCGCAGUGCAACUAGCGUGACAUCGCCAUUGGCAGUGGUGAAUGUAAGUACGGCUGCAUCGAGUACAGCAGCUACAUCACCAACGACUUCAUCAAUGCCAGAUGAUUCACCGGUGACAUCAACAGUUCAUACCUCAGCAGAGAUGCAAACUACUGCUAACAGCAACCAGCAGCCCAGCACGGGUAUGUCGGCAAGCACCCCUGUAGCCACGGAUACCACUGAAUCAAGCACAGCAUCGUCCACAGGUGUCGUGCCAACUGCCGAGAGCACGUCCGGAGCGAUGACAACACCGCAGGUGACCUCAUCACCAAUAACGUCAUCACCAGUGACAUCAUCACCCGUGACAUCAUCACAAGCCACCCCGGGUACCCAGACCACUGAUCAUCAGACACCAACAUCACAAAAUCCCAGCACAGGCGGGCCACACGUUUCUGUUACUGGACAUCAAGGACUUGGUAGUGGAACAACUGGAGCUGCCGCAGCAUCCAACGCUGAACCUGACAGAAUCUGGAGCAUAGCUGUGAUCUGUGUCUGCUCAGUCACACUAGGCGCUCUACUGCUUGCUCUGGCGUGCACCCUUUGGAAACGAUCACGGCGCAAGUCUACAGGUAAAAGGCCGGAGAAGUGGCAUCACUCGCCACACAGCCAGCCUCCAAACAGCUUGCAGCUCAACCCAUUGUACAACCGUAAGAGUGAUAGCACAGCACAGCACGGACCGAAACACCUCUUGGUGGACGCAGCAGCAUGCAGCUCUCCUCUGAGCCCGCAGAGCAACACCACAUUCAGUGUGUCCUCGUCAUCUACCCUUCUUUCCCCCAUGGAAUCAACAGGCGCGAAACCGAAGCCCCGUGUCAGCCGCCGACCCGAUUGGACAUUGACUUCGUCGAGUAGCUCUGCUGGAUCUUCACGGCAUAGCCCGGAAUCUCCGCGUGCAGAGCUUGGACCAGCAGGUGCUCCGCGGAGUUUUGCUCAAGCCAACCAAGCCUUCCCCAGCCCUCCUGCCUGUAGUACAAGUACAUUCAUAUUCCCUGUGCAAACGAGCAUGGACACGCGAGAAAGCGCCAUCGCCAGCAAUGCUGUCAUCUACGCGAAUGCGCAAGUUGAUGGGAGCACGGACGUUGCUGCACUUGGAGCAGAUCCAAGUUGCGUAACGCCGAGAAGUAGUCCCGGGGAAGAGCUAGAAACAAACACAAACUUUCAUGAAGUUGUUUCCGUAGCUGCAGAGUCCUCUCGGCCCAACGGACAGUCCGAGCUCGUAACCUCUAGACUGCAGAACAAUUCCAGUGCCAACAUGCUGCUGCAGAACGCUACCACCUCCACCACCACCGGGUUGGCUAUUGGAAAAGCUGGCACGUUGGAGAAUCUAGUUGUCCACCAUGAUAGCAGUCUGUGUGGGGCAGACAUGAAUGUACUGCCAGCAGCCGCGGAUGAGUGUGGCAUGGGAACAGCGCAGAUACCGCAGCAGGUCAGCGAUCAGUAUCCGAUGUCCGAUGGUACGUAUCGCCAGGAUGUCCUUGCUCUUCGGGAGGAUGCUGCACCGACCACCGGCGCACCGUUACCUGUGCCGGCUACCCAGCAAUCCCAGCGGCAUGCGAACGCCAUGUACAUUCAGGUCAGCUAAGUACACACAUACCGACGUUUGUAGUGCUUUUAAUCUCUUGUACUUCUGUUUGUCAUCCCCUCUUCAUUCACUUUUCUACAGUGGUGCCAUUGUCAUUACAAAGGCGCUACUAUGUACUACGUACAGCCUCCUUUGCCACCUGCAUGGAAAUCGGUUGCAUACUGCAUUAACCCAAAAUGCACGCAGCACACGAAAUAUUGUACAGUGAGCCAAUGUAACGAGAGAGCUUGGAAGGUCAGGGCCCUACGCUAUGCAUUUUUGCCUAGGUAGCUGCUCAUCAUGCAUGUUAUUCUUACUGAUGGAAUUUUUUUCCAUUAAUUGGCUACAUCAAACUUUCUCUUUGCAUUCGAGGGUAAAACGACGCCGUCUACCACCUUGAUGACCUAGGCAAAAAAAGCAUAGAGAUGUUAUAAAUGUCUCCUAUUUUUUCUCAAGACGUAACCUGGGAUUCGAACCCGCACUAUCGUCCUGCAUGCAUCCCCCGAUACACUUCGCGUACAUACUCAUUCUUCCAAGUUGCUUCAAGUUAUGAUCUUGCAUUUGAAAGCCCUAUUUAAAUAUUGUGGCGAUGGCCAUGCCAGCUGUCUUUGAUGGUACGG